AGUUGGCUAUUUGUGCCAUCAGCUUCUCAGAAAUGGUGUAUUCUAGAUAAUGCCCUAUACUCAAUCCUGUGUAAAAAUGGGCAUGUGUCAAAGCUGCUGAAGAAAUUUAGCUAAUGAACUGCCUUAGAACUGAAAUUAUUCAUGGAUAUACUGAAAUUGGCCAGAAUCACUUGGGGUAACUCAAUUUGAAGGCUUAGAAAGCAGGCAUUCUUUAUCCACACAGGACACAUAGAGGAUCAAACUCUCCUCAUUCUGUGUGUGAGGUGAGACUUUACAAUAGGGAGUUUAUCCAUCACAAUCAUACAUGUCCAUUAAAAGGUUUUUCUUAUCUAAUACAUAAAUAUCACUUCCCUAAAAAAUAAUUUACACAUAUCCACUUCCUGCUGGAAGUCCUUUUAUGGUCCUGGAGAGUAAUAAAAGGGGUCUCUGGUCAUCAUAUUCACUGAAUGCUUUGAUAUUAAAAUAUGGUAAUAAAACGGAAGUCUGUCUUUUAAAUACAACUGUGUGCCACCAGUCAGAUCUGAAAAGUAUGCUAUGUCUGCAGUCCUGAUUAGACAAAUAAUUUCUGUACUUGCAGUGCAACAAAUUAAGUGAUCUUAAUCUCUUUUAGAUGUGAGGUGAGGGAAGGCACUGAGGCAGUUGGCCUGGAGACCCUGUCCUGUGAGGAGAGGGUUCAGCGGGGAAGAGCGAUAACUUUGGCAACAUCCAACAGCAGUCCUGGACAGGAGAGGGAUAGAGGAAAUGCAGCAUCAGGACUCAUCAGAGUGGUACAUGGCUGGAGAGUGAGAGGGAGUAGCACAGCUGAAACAGUGGAAAUUCAGAGCAUUCACAAGGAAGAAACACUUUCCCCACAAAAACAGCCCAGGACUGGAGUCAGGGCCCAGGCAGGUGUCACCAGCCUGGGAGGUUAUCAAACCUCAACUGUGCAGCCUGGUCUAAGCUCAAAGCUGCCUCUGCUUGGGCUGGGUUUGAACUGGACAUCUCUCAUGGUCUAGUCCUGAGUUAUUCUGUAAGCGUAUGAGCUGCAUCACUCGGAGUAUCUCAGCAGCUGCUGGACCAUUCUUAGCUUAAAGUGCCAGGGUACCCUGCCAUGGUCCUCUGGAGGUCAGGUUUAGUGGAAGGGAAGGUUGGAAGGGCAAGGCGUGAUAACAUGGGAGCUCUGGUGGGGUGAGAGCCCCUUUGUUCUCUGCAGAUGUGUUUGAGUGGGCAUGUUGCAGUUGUGCACAAACACCUGACAGCGAGUACGUCAGACAGAGCCAAACUCUUCGUGUAGUACCCAGUGACAGUACGCAGCAAUGACUGGAGCGAUGCACCGUGUACAGGGAGAAACGCGGGGGAAAAAAAAACAAACACUAAAACGUAAGAAAGCACAUUUUCCCUUCGUGGGGGGUGGUACUCUUCCGCAGGUUGUCCGGAGAGAAGGUAACCCCCAUUCUGGAGGGCACUCCAGCCUCAGCCACUCCGGCCUUGAGCCACCGUCGGGGCCGACCCCGCUUGGCGAGAGGAGUGGGACGGGCCGCCCACCCGCGGUGUCCGCGGUCCCUCCCCGUUCCUCCCCUGCCUGCCCGGCCGCGCUGGGAGCCGAGCGGCCGCGCUCAGCCCCGCCGCACACCGCGCCCCGGGCCGGCCGCGCUCUCCCCGCCCCGGGCCGGCCGCGCUCUCCCCGCCGCCGCCAGUGGAAGAUGCUGCGGCUCUGCCUGCUCGCCGCGCACGCUCUACGGCUCGCCGGGGCGGCCUUGCUUGCGCCCGGGUCGUGCACCUUCGAGGACAGCGCCUGCGGCUACCAGUGGGACUACGCGCAUCUGCCCUGGACACUGCACGGGGAAGGACAUUACAUUUCUGUGGAUACGUCUUAUGAGGGUGAGAAGGCAGUGCUGUCCAGCCCUGAUCUAUACUCUGAGGAAUGGAGCUGUGUCAGACUGAUCUAUCAGAUAGCGACAACUUCAGACGCCUCACCUGAUCCUGCCAGGCUCAACCUGUACUUGAGGCAGGAAGGAGAAAGUUUUGAUCGUUUGCUGUGGUCAACCAGCGAGCCGUCAGACAGCUGGCUCAUAGCUAGCUUAGAUUUAACGAAUGGCACAAACAAGUAUAAGCUGGUACUGGAAGGUGAAAUGAGACAAGAUAAAUCCGCCAGUAUAGCAGUUUUUGAAAUCAAAAUAACUUCUGGAUAUUGUAUUGAAUGUGACUUUGAAGAAAACCAUCUUUGUGGCUAUGUGAACCGCUGGAAUCCUAACGUCAACUGGUUUGUUGGUGGAGGGAACAUUCGCAAUUCUCAGUCUAUCCUGCCCAAAGACCACACACUUAACAGUGCACUGGGUCACUACAUGUAUGUGGACUCUGUUUAUGUCAAAGAUUUUCAGGAAGUGGCCCAGCUAAUCUCACCAAAGACCACAGUCCCAAUAUCUGGCUGCUUAUCUUUUUAUUAUCAACUGAAGCAGGAAAGCAGCAUUGUUUUUACUGUUUACCUAAGAGACAUGAGUGGCUUUUAUGAAGAGAUCUGGAAAACAGACAGUGCACUGAAUGCAGACUGGGCACUAGCAGAAGUUGACUUCAAUGCGCCGUAUCCCAUGGAGGUAAUAUUUGAAGUUGCUUUCAAUAGCGCCAAGGGAGGUUAUGUUGCCCUUGAUGACAUUUCUUUCUCUCCGGUUUACUGCAGCAAUCAGACAGGAGCAACUUUCAAUCCUGCCAAUGCAGGCUGCAAUUUUGAGGAAGAUCUGUGUAAUUUUUACCAAGAUCACAAAGAUGGCCCAGGAUGGAGCAGAGUGAAAGUGAAGCGCAAUGUGUAUAGAGCAGGAGACCACACUACUGGAUUUGGCUAUUACUUGUUGGCAAACACAAAGUUUACAUCACAGCCUGGGUACAUUGGACGUCUGUAUGGCCCGACCCUGCCAGGAAACUUGCAGUUUUGUCUGCGUUUUUAUUAUGCCUUAUAUGGGUUUUUCAAGAUGAGUGGCAUUCUUGCAGUUUAUAUCUUUGAGGAGAAUCAUGUUGUUCAAGAGAAAAUCUGGUCUGUCUUGGACUCUCCAAAGGGAGUUUGGACUCAAGCUGAAAUCUCCUUCAAGAAGCCUAUGCCUUGCAAGGUUGUCUUUGUUAGCUGGUGUAAAAGCUUCUGGGACUGUGGACUUGUGGCACUGGAUGAUGUAUCAUUGAGCCUGGGAAGUUGCCAGGCUGCUGAUCUGUUGCUUCCCACUCCUGGAGAAUGCACUUUUGAAAAAGAUGAAUGUAUGUUUACCCAGAAGAAGAGAGGUCGUGGGAGCUGGCACAGGAAGAGGGGUCCAACUCCCACUUCUUACACUGGACCGAAAGGAGACCACACUACUGGGGUAGGAUACUACAUGUAUAUAGAGGCAUCUAACAUGGUCUAUGGACAGAGAGCAUACCUAGUUUCAAGAUCACUAAGAGGAACUUCUGGAAAACAGUGCCUGACAUUUUUCUAUCAUAUGUAUGGAGCUGGGACUGGAUUAUUAAGUGUUUAUCUAAAAAAGGAAGGGGAUGAUGAAGAGAUACCUUUGUGGAGGAGGACAGGGGAGCAAAGCAUCUCAUGGCUAAGGGGACUGAUAGAAUAUGAAAGUGAUACAAACUACCAGAUUAUUUUUGAGGCAAUCCGUGGUGUGUCAAUAAGAAGUGACACUGCUAUUGAUGAUAUUCUGUUCCAGGCAGGACCUUGUUUGGAAGUGGAAGAAAUUCAGUUCUCAUCAGGCUAUCCUGACAGCUUAAACGAAAUUGAGUAUUAAAUACAUUCUGCUGAAAGGAAUGAAGCACAUUGAAGAAUUGUAUCUGAGAAACUGCAUGAACUGCCUGUCUUAAAAUAUGUUUUAAGUAAAUACUGGACUGGUUUGAAUACACACCGAUACAUAGGAAGAACUUGGAGCACUAAUAUUCCUUGCCUUUUCAAUGAAAUUAUUGACUCAGGGCUUCUUAGACCAUAAGUUUUUGAUAUUAUUUCCUCUUUUGCGUGAGGUAUCAGUUAUUACAUAAAGGCUUCCCAUUUUGCACAGAUCAUUAAUUUUUAAUUUUUUUUAACAUUUCUGGUAUGUAAGUAAAAAGAGGAAAUUCAAGUUGCACAAUUGAAGUCCAGUGUUAUGUUAUCUUAAAUCUGCAUUCAGUGAAUGUUUUGUGUUGGGGAUAGGAUGGAUUUUUGUUAAGAAAAUUAUAAAUGUUUUGAAAUAACAAAGAAAAUAGUGUUAGCUACUCAUAUUAUCCCACAGGUUAAGUGCAAUUAUUCUCAAUGACAAAUCUCUCUGGGAAACUUAAUACUCUGCUGGCAAUUUUUUGUGACAGUGUAUUUUACUAUAACAAGUAUAUUUGUCAAUAACAAACUCACUUCUAGUGUUCAGUAUAAUUCAACAUAAGAUGCUGGCCUGUGGAAUUAUAGGAAAUUAAACACUUUAAAGCCAUAUGUUUUCUGUCAUGAGAGUCUGUUUGUUUGUUUUUUUUAUUAAAUAAGUUUGUACACUCACAGAGAAUGCACUUACCCUUUGCCCAACCACAGACGUGUUGCAUUUAUAUUCACAUCUUGUUAUUUUUUAAGGUUUUAUGUAUUUGUGUGUAAGAUUUUGGUUUUUUUUUUUUAAUUUACUCUAACUUCCUAAUAAAAUUUAAAUUUGAGGAUC